UUAUCUGUUAGUUUGAAACCCGUGUCCAUAAUGUUUCACUUGGUUGAUCGGCGUCAUAGCCGUGUUUCUAUGGAUUUAGGCUCUGCUGCACUUCAGGAGACACAUCGGUAUGAUGACUAUCUGGACAGUUCUGAUGUUAAAAGCGACCGUUUGGUGGACCUGUAUAGUCGUUUACUUGCUGUUUACGAGCGUGUUGAUAAUUGCUUUUCCUCUGCUUAUUCACUGAAGGGCUGCGAAUCCUUAACUUUUGACGUUGAGGAGUAUCGUCGUCGUAGUUGUCAAUUGCUAUCUCACCUACCUAGUUUUGAGGAAAUGCAAGGUAUGAAUAAGGUUGCAGGGCUAUGGAGUGAUUUAUUUCAGAUAGAGUUAUCCUUGCUGUGUAACCCACUUCUCCUUGAUAAGAAUAUCGCAAUAGCUAAUGCUAUGAAACAUCACUAUUUGACUUGUGAUCGUGGUCCGUUGACAUUGUCACAGCAGUUGCAAUCUUCUAGAGCAUUGACUGAAAUUCAAGCUGACGCUUUAGAUCAACUGAAUAUGAAAAAUGCAUCGAUGGAUCGCUGCAUUCUUUAUGUAUUGAACAAUUUGUUAUGUUACAAUGAGCGUUUGUCUAAGGACUGCGCUGAGGAUCGUUCUUAUUACAAUAACUUAUGUAAUGAGUUGUAUGUCAUCAAGGAAUCUGAGUUGAUGCGACGUUCGAUGAUUUCUACAAAGGAGCGUGGCAGUGUUAUACCUUAUAUGAAGCGCUUAUGUCAAUCAUUCGAUACUGACAAGUGCACCUUACACUUGGCUACAUUAUUUUUUGACCAUUAUGUAGAGAAAGUCAUAUCUCGUGAGUCUAAUGACACCCUUCCUCAGCAUGAUGAGAUGCUACGUAUUGCUACUGCUACAUAUUUACUAGCCUGUGCUUUGCGUGAGCAUUGGACUGACAUUUCUAGUGAUUCGUAUCUAGAGCGUGCUUCUGAGAUGGCUUCCGGUUCAUUUACAGCUCAGGAUAUUAUGGCCACUCAGUUGAAUAUAUUACAGUCUAUGCCCAAUGGCUUUACUUCCAUGUACACUGCUACUGAGUAUGGCGUUUUCUAUUUAUCUAACAUUAGGGGUACCUAUCGUCCAAAACAUAAUUCUGGCACCAAGUGUUCUGGUGAACGCAUCAGUGUUGGUCAUACCAAUUCCGCGAGUGGCACUCCUAUGAGUGGUGAAGACUAUGCCAUGGAUUAUGGUCUGCGUCGUCACAGAUCAGUUCCUACCUCCUGUGACAUGACCACUGCGUCGGGUAGUCCAGCUGAGAGUAAUGGUGAAUUUAAUCGUGUGUCGUAUGAUUCUGUUAGCAACGGUUCAAUAGGGCGACAGCGAACAAGAUCUUUUGAUGAUGACUUCAUGCUAUCAUCUAUUGCGGAAGACGACAUCUAUGGUUCGGAUGUCUUAUGUGACUAUUUACUCCUGGAGAUGGCAUUUCGAUACCUGGUAGAUAACGGUGGUUUCGCUUUUGUGUAUCACUGUUUAAUUCGUUGGGAUGACUUAUACAUGUCUCGUAAUUGGAAUUUGUUCAUUCCCCCUAGUCGCAUUGCUGCGGUAUUGAUAUUCCACUUUUUUGUUGAAUUCUAUGGGAUUGACUAUCGCAAGGACUUGUUAUGGUGUCGUCGUUUUUGUUACCGUGUAUUUCGUAUGUUGUAUGAUUGCGACGUUGCUUUAUGGUACCAAAUGUUUCGUGAGAACAUUCGGAAGUGGCUUGGUUCAGUAUCGCAAUCAUCUGCUCGUUUAGGUGAGAUGUCAUUAUUAUUGGAUUUAUCAGGUCAGAAGUUCCGUGCUGCUGAGGCAUGCUUACAGACAUUUUGUUCGCGUUUACUAUUUGACUACACUGAGAGCGGUUGUGCCAUUGAUGGUCUUGACACAACUCCUUUACGUGUUGUUUUGACGGAGGCUUAUCAGCUUCUAUGUCGUGACUAGUCCUAACAGAUUGUCCCAUA